CCCGUCGGGUGCGGGCGGGAUGGAGCUGAGCUGCGGCGUGGGGGGCAGCGCGGCCGCCCCCCCGGGGCCCGGGCCCCCUCGUCCCGCCGCCGCCGUCCCCCCGGCAGCGCCCGCGGAGGGCGAGGAGUACGAGAGCCUGCCCAGCGGCGCCUCGCUGGCCACACACAUGAUGGCCGGGGCGGUGGCGGGCAUCAUGGAGCACACCGUCAUGUACCCGGUGGAUUCGGUCAAGACAAGGAUGCAGAGCUUGCAGCCGGACCCCAAGGCCCAGUACAGGAGUGUGUAUGAAGCUCUGAAGAAGAUUGUCCUUACAGAGGGUUUCUGGAGGCCUUUACGUGGGAUUAAUGUCACCAUGCUGGGGGCUGGCCCUGCCCACGCCAUGUACUUUGCCUGCUAUGAGAAAAUGAAAAAGUCUCUAAGUGAUGCCCUCCAGCAGGGAGGAAACAGCCACUUGGCCAAUGGUGUAGCUGGGAGUGUGGCCACGCUGCUCCACGAUGCCGUGAUGAAUCCUGCUGAAGUGGUGAAGCAGCGGAUGCAGAUGUUCAACUCGCCCUACAAGUCCGUCCUGGCCUGCAUGAGGACAGUGCAGAGGACAGAGGGCUUUGGUGCCUUCUACCGCAGCUACACCACCCAGCUCACCAUGAACAUCCCCUUCCAGGCCAUCCACUUCAUCACCUACGAGUUCAUGCAGGAGCAGAUCAACCCACGCCGUGACUACAACCCCCGUUCCCACGUCGUGUCCGGCGCCGUCGCGGGGGCCGUGGCCGCUGCUGCCACCACCCCCCUGGAUGUCUGCAAGACCCUCCUCAACACCCAGGAGAACAUGGCCUUGAGCUCGGUGAACAUCAGUGGGCAUCUCUCGGGCAUGGUGAAUGCCUUCAAGACUGUCUACCAGCUUGGGGGGGUGUCAGGGUAUUUCAGAGGGGUGCAGGCACGUGUCAUCUACCAGAUGCCCUCAACAGCCAUCGCCUGGUCGGUCUAUGAGUUCUUCAAGUACUUCCUCACCAAGCACAAGCUGGAAAAAAGAACAUCUUUGUGAAGGACUUGGAGAGGGUGACCACGAGCCUCCUGUGUCCCCUCUGUCCACGUGCCAGCUCCAGGAACAUCCCAGGUUUCUGGUGGCCUCGCAGCUGACGUCCCUCCCUAGGGAAGGAGGGAUUCAAGUGCUCCUCAGUCACCCUCUGCCCCCUUCCCUUGCUUAAACAGUGACAUAGUUUAUAAAAGACUUACAAUAAUAUAUUUAAUAACUUUAUUUUGGAGAAGUGAAAUUGCUAAACUGAUAUUUUUCUCUGAAGAAGUUGGAAGAUGUAGUUUACUCCUCCCCAAGGCUUAGGUUAAACAGCCUAAGCUGGGGUUGUUUUUUUUACAGCAAAGAAACAAAAGAUCCUGUCACAGAAGUUACUUUUUUAAUAUAAAUAUAAAAUAGAUGGAUAAUGUUUAUCCUUUUAUUUUUCUAUGUAGGCAUUUGGUUUGUUUUUUAAGUACCAUGACAGCUAGAUGCUGAGCUGUUGAAAAAGGGCUAAAUUCUUCCAUCCUGUGUAAGGAAGACACAAAAGCAUUUAUUUUUAUAGCCAGGUUGGCUUUAAUUAUUAGCAUUUAACCCCCAAAUUGUGGCCUGGGUUCUCCUGGGGAUGUCCAGGUACUUGGGAGCCCCUUGAGAUGUGCUGAGAUGGAAGAGAAGGAGUGGGGACACCACUUUGGGAGGCUGUAGGACACCAAGGAGGGCACCCAGCUUGCUUUUUUGGGGGGGAAAUGAUCAGUUUUAUUUUUUUUUUACAAGGAGAUUUUAAAACCAAAAUGUAGAUUUUAAAGACUAGUAUUUUGGGGUUUGCAAACACUUCUUUUUUUUUUUUUAAAGGUACAUUUUUAUGGUGUGUGAUAGCUGAACAGCCUUCAUCCUCCCUUAAUUUAUUCCUGUUUUCUUUCUCACUGAAGCUCUGCUCCUUGCAGGAGUGACCAUGCCCAUCAGCUGGGGUGGCAGUGGGGGGCACAGAGCUGCUGUGUCCCCAGGGUGGGACCUGGAACUUCUGUUUACAGACCAUCUGUGGAGUCACAAAGGUCCCAUCCAGGCAGCACCAACCCAGCAGUGAAGACCCUGGGCAACUUCUCUGCAGCACCAAAGCCACGUGCUGGGACAAUAACCUGCUCAUCCCUGGUGGGGAGGAGAAUAAACCAAACCCCAACCUGGAGAAGCUCCUGGUGCCAUGGGUUUGGUUUAGCUGCUGAGCUUUCUGGUGGCCUGGGGAGGGCUGGCAGAGCAAGGCCUCCUCUUGGGAAUGGCUCUUCCAAACCCAAAUGCAUCCUUUAGCCAGGUACUUGGGUGAUCAGUAGCUAAUGAGGGGCCUGGAUCUGUUCAUAGAAGUCCCAGGACACCAGCUGGUUCAUCUCCAUCCUCCCUGGAGCUUGUCCUGCCAGCAGCAGCUUGAUGGCUCCAGCUGGUGGAGAUGGGCUUGUUGGCACUGGAGGGGGUGACUGCCAUGGCUGGCAAUGUCCCUGUGGUGCCACCAAGCAGAGCUAAUCCUUUUCCUCCCUUCCUUGGAGAAGGGAAAUCCAAGAGCACCUCUGGGGGUGCUGCACGUGCCUUCUUGAACCUUAACCUUGCACCACUGGAGGUGGUGAAGCUGAGCUUCUUGAUGCCUUUUGUUGUCCCUUCAGCUGAAUGAAUCACUGUGUCAAAUGUGUCUUCAGGUGUCAAAAGUUGUGAGCUUGAGGCCUCUGCUCUGGGUGGUGCAGCUGGGGGGAAAAAAAAAGCCCUUGGAACUCUCCCUGCUCGUGGAGAUCCUCAGGGCUGGAGGUCUUUGAGCCAUGGGUGGCUUUUGAUUGACUGGAGAAACUGGAGAGUCUCCUCCAGGAGCCAGAACUGCACAAAAUCUUUCCAUCACAGGUGGGCACGAACACUUAAGAUGAAAAUAUUGGGUCACUUUAAUAUGAAAAAAGAGGGAAACUGUAGCAGGUGGAGAGAGGUGACAGCUGCCAGUGUGACCUGGCCAGCUUGGGAAGUGGUCCCCAGUGUGUCAUCCUCUUCCUCUGGUCACUUAGCUUUAAUGUUUCUGCCUUCUGGAUUUACCCCAGGUGUCUGAUCAAACCAGAACUCCCACUCUGCAACUGGGAACGUGCCCAGUUGGUGGAAUUAUUGCAGGGAUCUCCUGUGUCUUACAAGUUUCCUGCUGGGGAUGGUGCUGGGUCCCCAGGUGGAAGCCCCUUCACCAAAGCUCCUUGUCUCUUCUGGCUUUGCAGUUGGGAAGUUGGAAUUUAACCUGGGAUGUGAAACAUUUUCUGCUGCUUUGUCUGCACCAAACGCACAUAUAAUGGAAGGGGGAGGAUGAGUAAAUUUUUGCAGUUCCUAUUUUUAAAUAGCUGUAUAUUUUGUUGGUUUGGCCUGCCUUGGAAUUUGGUGUCGUUUUCCUCCAAUGUAUAUUUAACACUGCAGGAGUUGGUUUGUGAAAUGCUGCUACAGUUGUAUCACUGGAGCUCGAGGAAAUAAAGUUGUUCUGAUUUA